UUGAUGUUCCUAGCUUCUGUAUGGUACACAAGAUGGCAAUAUUACCAGAUCCUCAGACAUGCGCCAAGUAUUUUAAUUGUUCAGACUAUGGUGGAAGUCAUAUCGAAUGCAGAUAUCCAGAUUUGUAUUCUACACAAGAGAAAAGAUGUGUUAAUUUCACCCUGGUUAAAUGUGAUUCCAGAACAGAACCACAGGCUCCUUGUGAAUAUACUCAAAAUCUGUGCCACCUGGGAGAUAAAGCUUGUCCUCCAUGUCCUAAGAGACUGCCGUCUUGUGUUGGGAUUCUAAAUGGGGAGCAGCCUUUUCCUGGUCGAUUAUGGAAACCAGACUUUGUCACUUGCCUGCAUAAUAGAACAAUAUAUAUUCAAUAUUGUGAAAAUGGAUACUUUCACCCAGUCAGAAAGCAAUGUGUUAUUAAUGUAACUAAAGCUGAUGUAAAAGACUACUGUUUGGCAAAUAAGGACAGUAUUAUAGACGAUCCAACCAGCUGUAACCGGUUUUAUAACUGUAGCAGAGUGGCAGUAAGCAGAAAACUGACAACGUCAGAGUGCCACUACCCUGAUCUUUUCUCCACAAUCACUAAAUCGUGUCAGCUUUUCACGUCAGUCAACUGUGAUCAAAGACAAGAAACAAUGGCACCUUGUAAGAUUAAUGUUUAA